ACAGCUUCACGUGUGAAUAUAAAUUGAAUGUUUACAAAAAUUAUGCUCAAAAAAAAAUAAAAAUUGUGAAUGAAAUCAUAAGAAAUAUUCAGUAAAAUGGAUUUUAUAUUAAUCAGUGACUUCUUGGACGAAAUUGGAUGUUGCAGAAUCUGCACGUUACGUUUUCUAAAGCCAAAUAUUGACGACUUUUUAGACGUGGAAAAUUCUUUGAAAAGUAAAGGAAUACCGAUCAAUCAACAAUGUAAACAUGAAACCAAACGACCUAAAACAAAUACAUGUGUUGCAUGUUUUAAUGUUUUCAAUUUUAUUGAUGAAAUCAUAAUGAAAGUUAAAUCAAGUGAAUGGUUGAAACACUACGAAGUUAAACGUUUUGUAACUUCAUAUUCACUCCCAGUAUCUCUUGAUCUAGCUCAGCUUCAAAUAUGGCUUGCUCUGAUAGAAAAGUUUCCGAAUAUGUUCGAUUCAGAGCGCCCUCCGGAUAUAUCAAUAAAAGACGUUAUGAAGAACAUUCUCAACACAAAACUAUCAGACGACUUACACAAAGAGUUCCAUCCCGAUGGAAUGAUGAUAAAUAUUUUCUUUGUUAUCGACAAUGAGCCUGAAAUGAUGACGAAACUAGAAUCGGUCGCUCCAGAACUGAUGGUCGAGAGAAAUAAACAAAGGAAAAAGUUCCGAACCGAAAUUGUGUCAAGAAAUUACUUUGAGAAGUUUUUCAUCCCUAAAAACAUUAAAUUGGAGAAGUUUCGUCAAGAAUUUUCAGUUCCACCGCAAGAACCAUCAAGUGCACUUCAACUUGAAAAAAUAACUUUCACUGGACCCACAGUCUUUGUCGCAGGACGAUACAAUAAGUUUUCUCGUGCACUGAGCCAAUCUCCAUGGAUUUUAAACGGCAAACGAAUUACUGAAGGAAGCGUACAAGAAGUUAUUGUCGAUGCAAUUGCUUCAUAUUUCAAAGUCUCUGAGAGUUCAAUGACAUUUAUGUCGAGUGGCAGAGAAGAUGUGGAUGUGAGAUGUUUGGGCCGUGGGCGACCAUUUGUGCUGGAGAUUAUGAAUUCUGCAAAAACCUUCUUGGACCCAUCAAGUGCUGUUCAAAUGGAAGAGAAAGUGAGAAAAUCCAAUGUCGUUGCGAUCCGAGACUUGCAGAUGAUUCCAAGAGAUGAUCUGCGCCACAUCAAAUCUGGUGAAGAAGAUAAGAAGAAAAUUUACAGAGCGCUUUGUACAGUUGACAGUGACGUGACCGUGGAAAUCCUUGAGCGACUUAACAUUGAAAAAGAGUUCGAAAUUCAACAGUGGACACCGCUGAGAGUUCUCCAUCGAAGGACAUUAAUGCAACGCCCUCGUAUGAUUUAUGGAGUUAAGGCGUUUGCAGUCAAAGACAAACCAAAUCUCAUUGUACUUGACAUUGUGUCUCAAGCCGGAACGUACAUCAAGGAACUGGUUCAUGGAGAAUUCGGACGAACAACUCCAAGCAUUUCCUCAUUGAUCGACAUGGAAAUUGACAUUGUGGCUUUAGAUGUCAUGGAUAUCGACCUCAAUUUCCCCAAGUCAUUAAACCGAACUUGAGAUUGUCAACAAAGUUUAAUUAAUUCUAAUUAGGUUUAUAAAGAAAAAUGAAGAAUUUAUUUUGAAAAACCUCGUGGAAU